AUGCAAAGGCCCACAUGCAGCCUCUCUCCUCUCACUUUUCACCUGACACGCACGAGCUCUCUCUCUCUCUCUCCUCGUCUUUUCUUCCAACAACCGCGCCGCUGCCUCCGGGGCCGCCCUACGUGCCUGCUCGCGCGCGUCCGGAGCCGCGGCAACUCGUCGCUGACGCUGCGGGAGCUCGUCCGCCGGCGUGUGGCCGUGGCGUGGCCGGGCGGGAGCUCGUUGCACGCGAACGCCGGCUCGCUGCUGCUCGCUGCCUGCGCGGUCGCGGUCGCCGCUCGCCGCUCGUCGCGGUCGCGCUACUUCAACCUCCGCCAUCGAGGCCGAGCUGGAGGCCAGGGAGCGGACGUACGAGAGACGGCAAGGCCAGGUAGCGAAUGGGACGGCCUCCUGUACACGCGGCGGCCGGGCGGAGCGGCGGGGGCGCGGCCGUGGACGCCCGCCUGGACGGCGCGGCCGGGACGAUGUGGGCGGAGCUUGCUGGAGCACGCGACGGCCGGGACAACGACGUCUGCGACCACUGCGCCCGGCGCGCCCCAGGCCGCGCCCGAGCCAGACCUUGUGGCACCCCGCGCCCGCCCGCACUACUGCCGCUGCUCAUCCCCGGCCGGCGCUUCGGACGCCAUGGCCGGAGCUCCGCUCCCGCGCGCGGUCAUGGGCCCCUGCCCGCUUGGCCGUGCCCCCGCGAGCACUUGCGAGCUGCUGCUGCCUCCUGCGCGCCCCGCCUCGCCUCUGGCCGCGCCCCCUGCCCGCUUGGCCGCCUCGUCGGCGCCGGCGACCUCCUUGGCGAAGGGGAUGGACUCC